GCGGCGGGGUCCUGGCGGGGAGAGGACAGGGUUGCGGCGGGCGGAACGGUGUCUCCUUCACUUCGCCCUCCAGCCGCCGCAGCUGCAGCCUGAUACGGAGCGAGCCGAGCAGCCUCAGUUGUGAGUGGAGCGGCGGCGGCGGUUCCCGUUAGGAGACUAUCAGAUCACUUCUUCCCGCGGCCCUGCCAUGGCGACCUGCGGCCAGAGCUGCCCGCGGCCAAUGUGUGUUCCUCCAUCAUAUGCUGACCUUGGCAAAGCUGCCAGAGAUAUUUUCAACAAAGGAUUUGGUUUUGGUUUGGUGAAACUGGAUGUGAAAACAAAGUCAUGCAGUGGUGUGGAAUUUUCAACAUCUGGUUCAUCUAAUACAGACACUGGUAAAGUUACUGGGACCUUGGAGACCAAAUAUAAAUGGUGUGAGUAUGGUCUGACUUUCACAGAAAAAUGGAACACUGAUAACACUCUGGGAACAGAAAUCGCAAUUGAAGACCAGAUUUGUCAAGGUUUGAAACUGACAUUUGAUACCACCUUUUCACCAAACACGGGAAAGAAAAGUGGUAAAAUCAAGUCUUCUUACAAGAGGGAGUGUAUAAACCUCGGUUGUGAUGUUGACUUUGAUUUUGCUGGACCUGCAAUCCAUGGUUCAGCUGUCUUUGGUUAUGAAGGCUGGCUUGCUGGGUACCAGAUGACCUUUGACAGUGCCAAAUCAAAGCUGACAAGGAAUAACUUUGCAGUAGGCUACAGGACUGGGGACUUCCAGCUACACACUAAUGUCAAUGAUGGGACAGAAUUUGGAGGAUCAAUUUAUCAGAAAGUAUGUGAAGAUCUUGACACUUCAGUAAACCUUGCUUGGACAUCAGGUACCAACUGCACUCGCUUUGGCAUUGCAGCUAAAUAUCAGUUGGAUCCUACUGCUUCCAUUUCUGCAAAAGUCAACAACUCUAGUUUGAUUGGAGUCGGCUAUACUCAGACUCUGAGGCCUGGUGUGAAGCUUACGCUGUCUGCUCUGGUAGACGGGAAGAGCAUUAAUGCUGGAGGCCACAAACUUGGGCUUGCCCUGGAGUUGGAGGCUUAAUCCAGCUGAAAGAAACCUCUGGGAAUGGAUAUCAGAAGAUUUGGCCUUAAUAUAUUUCCAGUGUGACCAGCAGGCUUCCCCAGCACCCCCCCCCCCCCCCCCCCCCCCCCCCAAGAAGGUGAUCAAAACACAGGAUGAUCUAAAUAAGAGCUGUAUUUUAAAUAUUUAGACGGUUACUUGUUAGCUGGUUUCUAGUUGAAUUGGUUAUCUAUCUAGUUACCAAUGCUGCAGUUAUGCAGCCAUCUAUACAUUAUUUAAAUGUAUUUAACUAUUAAAUGCGCUACCCACCAAUAAUGAAAUAGACCUUUAAGAAAACUGUG